AUGGAGUCCACCCAACAGAGUAUAUCGCAGCAGCUGUUCAGUUGGGUAAGGGAACAGAAAUACAAGCUAGCUGGCGCCACCUUCGCUGCCAGCAUGGUCGGUUCCUUUAUUCUAGUUGGCCGCAACCCGUACCUGACGGGUAAACAAAAGAUUGUGCAGGCUCGUGUCUAUGCACAGGGUCUAACACUGGCUGUCAUUGUCUCGUUGGCUGCGCUGGACAUGGCAGACCGACAAAAGCCAUAUAUCGCUCAGAGGAAGCAAGGUUCCAAGCAGUCUGAUGGAGAGAUCUAA